AGUUCUUCCGUUGACACAGCUGCUAUAACCCCAUUAAGUUUUGUACACAGUAGUCGAUGUAAAAAGUAGUAACAGGAAUUUGAUCAUCAUCAUCUCAAUGUCAAUCUCCUCCAUAUAUAAUUUCGAUUGUAGUUUAAGUUUUCCUUUUCUAAAGCUUGCUUCAACCAGCAGCAGCGCCGGCAUAGCUUGAGACGCCUAGCUACUCGGCGGGCGUAUCGUUUUGUUUUCGCGCGUGGGUUGUUGUUUUGCGCGAACGCGAUUUUUUGAUUUCUGACGACAAGGCGAACGCGAUCAUGGGAAAUAGCAACGUGAUUAUGGGCAAUGGUGCUUUCUUUCCUACCGCAGGACAGGACGAAGGCGAAGGGCACCAGGCUGAUGCUGCGGAGCAGCAGCUUCAAGAGCCGCUCAUCACGACAGGUAUGUAACACAGUAAAGCCACGCUGGUGGAGGUCUGGAUAUGUGCAUUAUCGGUCCUAGGCCCUUACCUACAGGCUGCUAGCGCGGCCGCUUCCCGUCUUGCUUGAAAGAGGUCAGCGAAUAAAAGUACCACUUCUAGAGCUUUGCAAAUGCUGGAGCGAUGGCCGCUGCGACCUUUUUUCGUCUUGUUUUUUGUGGUUCUCACUACAUUUUUUCUUUGGUGUCAUAAUCGAUCUAAUCUUGCCGCAGCCUUCUAGAGUUCUCCCGCCCUGACGUCUGCUGUGUACCAGCAGCGAUUUCUCUCUUGAGCGGAACUUAUUGAUUUGCUUCUUUUCUUCCCCACUACAGGUAGAAGAUCCGGGUCGCGGCGGAGCCGAACGAGCGGCCGGCAAAACCAGGACCCGAGGCUACUGAACCGCCACCAGCCCGUGUACAGCAAGGGAAGACCGGCGAAUAAAUCACGGGCUAGUAGUACAACCGAGGGUGACGGACCGGCACUGGCCGCUAUUCAGGAGGGGGAGGCUUUCGAGAAUGUUUUAGCCGCCGGGGGCAGUGACGAUGAAGGUGGGCCCCCGCACGGGCUCUUCAGCGAGCUCAACCAGCCUGCCGUGUUUGGCCUUCCGAGCAGUCUUCCCCCCACUGCGUCGGAUGAGGAGCACCUCGAUUUGGGCAACGCGUCCGCCGAAACCAUAAUGACGGAAGCACCGAUGUCGGGGGAAGGGAUCACGAGUCUCAUCCUGGAGAGUGUGCUGCGGAGUGGGGUUAGCGAUGAAGGGAGCGCUAUCCUGAGUAAAAACGUACCCACACCAGAGUCAGGAUGGGGAUUUUGCAACACAAACCUAGGAGUUUUGUGAGUCACGCAUGACAAGUUGCGCUAUGCAGUGUAGUGCAGGUUAGCAAGUGCAGCCGCAUCACAGAUUCAUCUGCUCAUCCUGUUCACAGCAUCACAAAUUCCAAAACACGACUGGAAAUGGCUCUCAUGGGGAUGCGCAUUACAAGUCUUCCUGUCUUUGCAAAUCUGCAUUACAACUCUGGUGUGUCAAGCCAUCUGCGGCCUGGGGCAGGGGGGGGGGCAAAGUGUGCUGCAAUUCCGUUUAGCAUUACAACUCUGGUGUGGGUAUGUUUUUACUCAGGAUAAGCGCCCCGUCCAAGGCGGCGACGUUGAGCGCGAUGACGGGCACGAGUGCGCCCUCCACGGCAUCCGUUAACACGCUCGGACAGAUAUCAAAAGGAAAAAUCCCCCCUUCCCAUAUCGAAAACGAAAUUUGUGAUUCUGUAUUUGAGUACACAAAUCGACUUGUAAUGCUAGAAGGCCAAGAGCCGCAGUCGUGGCCUAGUUUGCAGGUAAUUUGUCAUGUUGUUUCCCACUUCCGCCGCGUCCUGUCAUGCUGAAGACGCAAGGCUUUCCCACGCCAACCAGCCCUACAGUCCGCAUCUUUUCCCUUCUAGCAUGACAAAGCUGUGACCACAAAUCUGCAUCACAGAUUUUCGUUUUGAUGUGGGGAGCGGGAAUUUUUCCUCUUGAUAACAGAUGGCAGCUGGCGCCGCGGGUGGAUCUCGCCCGGGCGUGUCGACGCAGUCCACCUUCGGCAGUUUUCUGACGCUGAAAAGUCAGAUCUCCAGCUCUAAAUUGGUGAGCGACGCGCGGCAGACCGCACAGCCGGACAACACGUGGGUUCCUGCGCAGUUCGGCAUGCACCAGCCCGGCACGGGAGACGCAGGCAGCGGAACAAACGAAAUUUCGCCCAGGGGCACCACUCUGGGCGAAAUUGCAGGCAUCACGUCCUCCGCCGGGGGUGCUCGCCGGGAGUCGGUCACGCUCGGGCAGCUGGCGGGCAUCGCGGGGGCGGCGUCGCCCCCGGGAAGCAACGACCAAUCGGGGUCCAAUAUGGAUGGGUCAGGUGUGGGAAAUGCACAAAAUGGAAAUGUGUUUGUAGAAUGCAUGUGCUGAUGUGCUCCCUCUAGGACGGGCAAAAGCUCCGUAUUGCAUGGGAGGCAAUAACGGAAGAAGAUUGUAUGUAAUGCUGACAGGCCCGCCUGAACAGCGUGAGUGAAUGCCUCAACGCGUUUGAGAAAUUCUGUCGCUUGGAGGUGCGGAUGCCACAUUUUUUACUGUGGAGCCGCUUCUAGUCAUCACAAGUAAAAAUGAUUUCUGCGGAAGCGUGCUUUUUGGGUCGGGGUUGUGUAGUUUGUUUGCGACUCAUCUCGGUUCUUUAGCAUGACAAAGCAUCUACUCCAGGUUGGGUGUAAUUUCCCUUCUGACACUUCCAUAUCUAAAGCGAUGAGUCGCGGGGGGCGUACGACCGCGCAACCGGAUUCGGACCCGGCGUGGAUGCCUGGCCAAUUUGGGCAUCGGGAGGAUCAUCCUUCCCAAGGAGACACGGAGGCGCACUGGAUGUUUCAAAAUGGUCAACAAAGGCCCUCCCAAAACCAGCAAGGGGGGCCUGCCAACGCCGCAGAUGGGGACACUGAGGCGCACUGGAUGUUUCAACAGGGCCAACGGCCGUCCCAAGCGGACCGCCAACAAGGGGCGGAUCCUUUCUACGGCGCAACGGAUGCUGCAGAUGCAGACGCGCACUGGAUGUUUCAAGAAGGGCAGCAAAGGCCCGGGCAAGGCGGCGUGGCCGCAGGCGUACCUGGCGAUGAAGACACCGAGGCGCAUUGGAUGUUCCUUCAACAGCAAGCGCAGAUGAAUGCGCAGUACGACCAUAAGGCCGGGGCGCACAUGGGCAUGAUUGCGGCGACCAGGAAGAAGGUAAACUGCUGGUUCGAGGUGCUGCACCAGUGUGGACCGUUCAAAGUCACGCGGUUUUCGAUUGUGACCGUGGCAACCUCGUGGGCCAUCGGGAUUACCAUCAUCUGCAUCCUGAUUUGCGGAUUCCUCGUCGAGCGCAAAAGCGUCAAACUUUCAAGCACCGAGGUCACGACCUCAUCGUCGACUGCUGCGACCAGUACUACCGUGUCAACUGGAACGGGGAGCGCGCAAACAUCCUCCUUGGAGGAACGGAACUGGUGGUGGCAGCCGAGCUCGCAGAACCCCCGAUUACGAGGACGGGUGCUUAUCCCCGUGAGAAAAUAACAGGUGUUCCACUUUGCAAGCCGGCUUUGAUCAUAUUUAUUGUGCUGCUGCUCCUGGGCUAGAAGAUUAGUUCUGGAUGGAUAUUUUCUCUUAGCAGUAGCACAAAAUAUAAUCUUCAAAUUCCUUUUGCAGCAGUUGUGCAUAUUCAAUGUUUUGCAGCACCCUUUAUCGAUUAACAAAGGUUAAUUUUAAGUAUGGCAAAAAAUUCUGCACGGCGCUGCUUCAGUCUGUCGUGAAUUUUGGACAACAGGGUCGGCUUUUGAAAGUCGCGCGUUUGACAAGGAGGCAACACCGGUUUUCCCACACGAUGAGUGGCAAAUCAGCGACAGCACCUGCAGCAGCGGUGACGACGUCCGAUGGGGAGUCAGAACUGGCAGAGGACGACGAUCAGGAGUAGGUUUGAGAUUUUAAACGUUUCUGUUUUUUUUACCUUCAACACUGUCGACGUAAACGUAUUAUAUGAUGAAGUGCCAUAUCAAAAUCAAUUAAUCUUCACAAAAAUUCUUGACAAAAAAUUUUACUCAUUUAUCAUCUUAAGGAGCGCAAGCUCUAGCCGUGUCGCGCAUGUAUUUCACGAUCUCUGAAGUCAUUCAUUUAAUUUUGCUUCAACAACAAGUACACUAGCACUAGACACAGUAGCAAGAUUUGAAAUUGUCCAACGCUCGUGCUUCCGGGAGCCUAUCAGGCCUGGGAGCUAGUUGUCGUAGCUUUUUCAUGGAUGUGUAACUUCACGAUUAUUGGGAAAGACUAAGACAGCACGGAGAUUGCGCUAUCCUCCUGUGUCUGUCUCUGUGGCGAUGGCGUACUGAUCGACUUCGUAAGUAUUCUGCACAGGAAAGGCUUUUGCAGUGAU